CUGUAAUAGCCGCUAUCUAUAAAUACUCUCCCCUCCUUCUCGGGAUCCCUCACAAUUAUUACUUCUCAAAAACAAAUCUUUGACUCUUUUUUCUUCCGCAAAAAAGAAAAAAAAAAUCCAUUUUGAGUCCAAACCAGAUCUAACAUCGUUCUCACAAGGACUGUAAUGUCGUCUGUGGUUAAAGAUUUGCAUUCAAAUGGUGUGGAUGUAAAGAAAUCUGAGACCCCUUUAAGCAAUGGAAAUGUUCAUUUAACAAAUGGCACAAAUUUGAAGCCAUUCAAGAUUUUCAUAGGUUAUGAUCCAAAAGAAGAUAUUGCUUAUGAGGUUUGUCGUUAUUCCCUUUUGAAAAGAUCAUCAAUCCCACUUGAGAUCACACCAAUUAAGCAAUCUGAGUUAAGGCAAACAGGCCUUUACUGGCGUGAAAGAGGGAAAUUGGAAAGUACUGAGUUUUCAUUUUCUCGUUUUUUGACACCCCAUUUGGCAAAUUAUGAGGGUUGGGCUAUGUUUGUUGAUUGUGAUUUCUUGUACUUAGGGGAUAUUAAAGAAUUAAUGGAUAUGGUUGAUGAUAAAUAUGCUUUAAUGUGUGUACAACAUGAUUAUACACCGAAAGAAACAACGAAAAUGGAUGGUGCUGUGCAAACUGUUUAUCCUAGGAAGAAUUGGUCAUCUAUGGUUCUUUAUAACUGUGGGCAUCCGAAAAACAAGGCACUAACACCUGAAGUGGUGAAUUCUGAGUCCGGGGCGUUUCUUCAUCGAUUUAUGUGGUUGGAAGAUGAGGAGAUCGGGGAGGUUCCAUUCGUGUGGAACUUCCUUGUGGGGCAUAAUAAGGUUGUUGAGGGUGAUCACGCUACAUUUCCUAAGGCGAUUCAUUAUACGCUUGGUGGACCCUGGUUUGAGGCUUGGAAAGAUUGUGAAUUUGGUGAUUUGUGGUUAAAGGAAUUGGAGGAGUGCAAGAAGGCAAAGGAGAAGGUGUAAAUCACAGGGUGUAUUUUAAGGUAACCGGCUGGUGGUAAUUGUUGUAAGUGUUAUGUUCAGAGAUUAGAAGGUUAUGCCAUUAAUGUAAUCUUCCACAUUAUUCGUUUUAUAUUGUUCUCACUUCGAGAUUCUUCCUAAUUCAAGCCAAUAAUUUUAUUCUGUAUUGCCACAUUUGUUAAGCAGACAUUUAAGUCAUCUAGAGUUGUAUUGUAAUUGUAAUAGAUGUCUAUUAGUAUAGAAGGUAGUAGAUUGUGUGAUGAUCUACGAAUUUAUUAUUGAUAUCCAUUCCUGAUU